CGCAAGAGCCAUAGAAUGUCAAUGACUUGUCAUCGUCGCUGUAUUGUUGUGCUUUUCUUUCUGACUCUUUGCCAUCAAAGUGUAGAAGCGCCAUGUAGCGGCAGAAAUGCUUGUCAUGACAACAGCACCUGUAUUGAUGACCAAACGAUAUCGCAAGGCUACUACUGUAAGUGUGAUCAACAUGGUCACUUCUCGUCGAGCGCAUAUGGAAAUUGGUACCAGAAAAAUGUGGUGCUACCAUGGAAACUACAGUACUGCAGAGAAAACUUGGCUUUAGGUAAAUCUGCCACACAGUCUAGUACCAACAUGAACAAGCCUUCAAAUGCAGAAAAUGCAGUUGAUAUCGUUAAGACUUCUGGUGAUAUAAAUGACCACGGAUGUUCGCUUAGCACAAUCAUGGACGAUCCAUGGUUGAUGGUAGACUUAACCACCAAGGCUACCAUACGUCAAGUAUUGCUGAAACGCGCCGAUUGCUGCCCAGCUGUGGUGCAACUUAGAAUAGGAAAUUCCCAAGCCAACGGCGGGAUUGCGAAUAAUCGUUGCGGGGAAUUGACGACUCUAAGUAAAGGCACGUACCACGCAAUUUACUGCAAUCCUCCUCGAGACGGUCGUUACUUAUCGGUUCGUUACCCUGGUUCAAAGAAGGAAUUGGCAAUUUGCGGUUUGGAAAUCUAUUCCGAUUUCACAGAUUUUGAUGAAUGCAGUAGAGAAAACGCAUGCGUAGACGAGGAUCGUAUGAUGUGCGUAAAUACCUUGGGCUCUUUUCGAUGUGAGUGCGAGGCAGGACGCACUUUCGAUAAAGACCAACAAAUAUGCAUAGACAAAGACGAAUGUAAACUUGGCAUUCAUAAUUGCAGUGCUUUUGCAUAUUGCCAUAACACAGUGCCCGGUUACGAAUGCUUUUGCAACAAAGGUUACCAAGGUGAUGGUUAUAAAUGUGUUGAUGUCAACGAAUGUCAAAAUCCCAACGAAGCACCUUGUGGAAGUGACCUCCGUGCUCAUUGCAUUAAUGUAAUAGGAUCUUAUGAUUGUUCCUGUAGCCCUGGAUUUCGCUUCAACUCGCACAAGAAAGAGUGUGAAGACAUCAAUGAAUGCAAGGACAAGAAUGUUUUAUGCCCAACAAACAAGUGCGUCAACAUUGACGGAAGCUAUAAGUGUGACGUAUGCGCAGAUGGGUACUGGAAGAAAGGGUGGAUAUGUGAAGAUUUUGAUGAAUGUAAAUAUGGGAUUUAUUCCUGUCCUGAGAAUGAAGCGUGCAAAAACACCAUAGGAUCUUAUAUCUGUGUCUGUGAGCCAGGAUACCAAAGACAUGACAAAGUCUGUAAAGAUAUCGACGAGUGCAAGAGUAAAACGUGCCCAAAGCACAGCAUAUGCAUCAAUACAGUAGGAAGCUACAAUUGUGUUUGCAAGCCAGGCUAUAGGGAAGAGGAAAGUUCUAAAAACACCAAGAUAUGUCAGCUAGUAGAGGGUAUCCACAGCAGCGAAAGUACCAGUACAAAAACACCAACUUAAUUCCUUUGGCUCCCUAUUAAUAGCGGUUCUAAGCGUUAUAUCUUUGUCUGACAUAUAUUUUUUGGGCAACAUUGAAUACUGACUUUUCUCUAUCAAUUUUCAGCUCUGUCUCUGUGUCACUGAAUAACAUAGCUAGUAAAAAACUGAAAACAUCAAGUCCCA